UCUGAAAGAUGUACUUAUAACUAACUAUGCAAGUUUAGGUGAUGGGUGAAAUGUUUUUUUAGUAACUUUUUCUUGUGAUCUUCAGCUUCAAAAUUUUUUUGUCAUAAUGUUUAGGUUUAGACUAGGGACAUCCGUCUUUCAAUUUCGUAAACAUUCUAUUUCUCUUAGCAUUUUCAGAGGAUCUUUAAUUCUUGGGAUCCUGUACCUCCUCUAUAGGACGAUGUAUUCUACAUUUCCGGACGGAAAGAACACUGUUAAGGGAACUGAAUUAAAUAAGGAUGAAUUAUCUCUUCUUGAAAAGCGUUUAGAAAAUCUGGAAAGAGAACUUCAGAGAAACAGAGAAAUGUUAUCCCAAGUUAAAGACACGGUUAGAAAUGUGAUUAAAGUGGAACCUAAUCCUCAGUUUUCACUCUUAGGACCUGUUCAGCAAAAAGCAAAUAGAAGUUUAGUAAAUUUAUCUGUAUUUGAUUGCCAAUUGUGUCUUGAAUCAUCUGCAAGUUCUGAUGAAAAUACAUUGGAUAUAUAUGAAAAAAUUGAAUUUGAAAACAAAGAUGGUGGAGUUUGGAAGCAAGGAUGGAAUAUUGAAUAUGAUCCUCGUCAAUGGAAUGAUAAAAAAAAGCUCAAAGUUUUUGUUGUUCCUCAUUCUCACAAUGAUCCAGGUUGGAUAAAAACUUUUGAGAAAUAUUUCAAAGAUCAAACACAGCAUAUUUUAAAUAAUAUGGUUUUAAAAAUGAAGGAUGAUAAAAGAAGAAAAUUCAUCUGGGCUGAAAUAUCUUUUUUAUCAUUAUGGUGGGAAAAAGUUGAUAUGAAUACACAAAUUGCUGUUAAAAAACUUUUAACAGAUGGACAACUUGAAAUAGUAACUGGUGGUUGGGUUAUGAAUGAUGAAGCAACUGCACAUUAUUUUGCUAUGAUAGAGCAGAUGAUUGAAGGUCACCAGUGGCUAGAGCACAAUCUUGAUUAUAAACCAAAAAAUGGCUGGGCCAUCGAUCCAUUUGGCUUAUCCCCUACUAUGGCAUACUUAUUAAGAAGAAUGGGGUUGGAUAAUAUGGUUAUACAGAGAGUACAUUAUUCAAUGAAAAAGUAUCUAGCUAUGAAUAAGGGAUUAGAAUUCUUAUGGAGGCAACCUUGGGAUCAAAAUCAUACAAUGGAUAUUUUGUGCCACACUAUGCCUUUCUAUAGCUAUGACAUUCCUCAUACUUGUGGACCAGAUCCUAAAGUAUGUUGUCAGUUUGAUUUUAAACGUUUACCAGGAAAUAAAGUAAACUGUCCGUGGCGAAUUCCUCCAGUUCCCAUCACCCAGGAAAAUGUUGCUGACAGAGCAUGGAUGUUAUUAGAUCAGUAUCGAAAAAAAUCGCAGCUUUUUCGUACUGAUGUUGUUAUGAUUCAACUUGGAGACGAUUUUCGAUAUGAUAAAGCGCAUGAAUGGGAUCAACAAUUCAAUAAUUAUCAAAAGCUAUUUGAUUAUAUUAAUGGCAGAGAAGAUUGGUAUGCCGAGGUGCAAUUUGGAACAUUGGAUGAUUAUUUUUCUUCUUUAAGGAAAAGUACUGGUGUUGAUUAUCGAAACAUGCCUGUUGAUUUCCCCUCUCUUGUUGGAGAUUUUUUCACUUACGCAGAUCGAGAUGAUCAUUAUUGGAGUGGUUAUUAUACUUCAAGACCAUUUUAUAAAAACAUGGACAGAGCUUUAGAAGCUCAUUUAAGGGGAGCUGAGAUAUUGUUCAGUUUGAUGAUGGCUAAAAUUGAUAAACAAGUAAUGACUUCUAUUUUGCCCUACAUUUCCGUGUUGAUGGGUGAUCUUGUUACAUCUCGGAGAACACUUGGUCUUUUCCAGCAUCAUGAUGCCAUUACAGGAACAGCUAAAGAUCAUGUUGUUAUUGAUUAUGCCUCUAAGAUUUUUGCUACCUUACAGAAACUUCGAAAUAUCAUUGGCCAAUGUGCGGUUUACCUCUUAUCACCAAAUUUCUUGGAUGUUUUAGAUGAACAGAUAGCUUUGUUGCAGACUGAUGAAUAUCGGCCUCAUAAUGCUUUACCACAAAAAAUAGCUGUGAAGUUUUCUCAUGAACGGAAAGACAGAUAUAUUGUUCUCUACAAUUCACUUGGGCAUUCUCGUAAUGAACUUGUUAAAGUUGUGGUUACAUCUUCAUCUGUUAUUGUCAAAGAUAAUUUGGAAAAUAUAGUGCCAUGCCAAAUUAAUCCAAUGUUUAAAAAGCGAAAAAUUGUGGAAGGUGAAUAUGAGUUAUUGUUCUAUGCUGAGCUGCCUGCCAUGAGUCUUGUUACAUAUUCUAUUCAUGUUGUGGGAACUGAGCAUUCCAUCUCGCAUCGUGCAGUGUUAAAAUUUAUGAAUGCUGAGGCAAUACCUUCCAAUCAAGAUUUUCUGAUGGUUCCUUUGGAUCCUCAAGAUCAAUUUUCCAUCAAAUCUGAUUAUUUCACUGCUUAUUUUAGUGGAUCCAAUGGUUUGCUGAAAAAAAUUGCAUCUGUAAAUCUUGGUACAGAACUGGAUCUACAAAUUAAAUUUCUUAAAUAUGGAACUAAAACUAAAGGAAAGGAUAAAAGUGGUGCAUACCUGUUUUUGCCAGAUACAGAUGCAAAGGAAGUGGAAUACAACAAACCCGAAAUAAUAAUUGUUGAAGGUCCUUUGAUGUCUGAGGUCAUAGUUAUGUUGAAAGAAGUAGAACAUCAUGUAUCUUUAAAGAACUCACCAGGUUUUGAUGGAGCUGGUAUUGAAAUAUAUAAUUUAAUCAACAUUGCAUCUGAAACAAAUAAAGAAUUAAUUAUGCGCUUCAUCACAAAUAUUACGAAUGAAAGGCAAGAGUUUUAUACAGAUCUAAAUGGCCUACAGAUGAUUAAAAGACGUUAUUUGAAGAAGCUGCCUAUACAAGCUAAUGUUUAUCCUUUGACAACUAUGGCUUACUUUGAAGACAAUACUACAAGAUUUACAUUUCUUACUUCUCAUUCAAUUGGAGCAACUAGCUUGCAGCCAGGUUGGUUUGAAGUUUUUCUUGAUAGGAGGUUAAAUCAAGAUGAUAACCGGGGCUUACAACAGGGAAUUACCGACAAUAAAGACACAUCAGCCUAUUUCCGAAUUUUGAUAGAGCAACGUUCUUCAGAAUUCAAAAAUCUCCCAUUUAAAGAAGUUUCUAGAUAUCCGACUUUAUUAGCACAUCAAGCUUCCCUAUCUCUCCUUCAUCCAGUCUUUGUCUUAAUGAGACUUGACAAAGAUGUUGAACCUAAUAUAGUUCUUCGUAAUUCAGAUGCACCUUUGAAAUCAAGUUUUACUCCAAUGGGUUUUGAAUUACCCUGUGAUGUGCAUAUACUAAACUUAAGAACGUUAUCAAGUACAUCAGGGGCAUUAUAUUUACCUUCCAAUUCUUCUGCUCUUUUCCUUCAUCGUUUGGGUUUUGACUGCAAUUUUAAAACAUGGGGUCAUUGCUCAAUGCAAAAUGGAACAGUUUCCGUGUCAAAUAUGUUUCCUAAUUUGUUUGGAAAUACUGUUGAAGAAGUGUCACUUUCUUUAAUGUAUACUGGCAAUAAAUUUUCCAGGGAUGCACAUAUUCAACUCCCAGCAAUGGAAAUUGUGACUUUAAAACUAAGCCAAAGAUAACCCAUUCAGUGCCUUAUUAUACUUAGAUAUUAAACCAUGUGAUACAUAUAGUACUAAUUUAUUCGCAUUUUUUUAAUACUCUUGAUAUCUCCUUAACUGAAACUCUAACUUCUUGAGUUAGAGUUUUUAGAAUUGUUUGAAAGUGCAAAGACGUUUUAAAAACUAAGUGUAAUCAAACCUCUUCUUAAGAUCAUCUGUUCGAGAGGUCGCCGCAUUUUAAAAAUAGUUUUAUAAAAAAUUUCAAUUUAAAUCAUGUUUAAGUAUGUUUUAUCAAGGCAAUAUGAAAUCAAAAUAUAAAUAGAAAACUUUUUUGUAAAAUUAUUUUGAUAAUUCUGAGUGCUUAUAGUUAAUAAGUAGGACCAUUUCAAUGGAUUUUCUGUAAUAGUUUCUGAAAAUCGUGUAAACGAUCCUAUUUCAUUCUGCACAUUUAAUAUUUAUUUUGGACUUUAUUCAUCCAUCUGAGAAGUUAUAAAUUUCAACGAAUUUAUAGGUGGUGCUAAAAUAAUUAAAAGAAACAACUCUGUGUGUUUGUGUUUUAUGAAAAAAAAAUUCAUUAUUAUAUGUUUGUAUAAUAAUUAUUCUUAAUUUUGUAUAAUUUUCUUUAUUUAUAUGUAUCAUUUAUUUAUUUUAAUAGAAAAUGCACACUACAGAAUACAUCUUAAGAACAACAAAUAAAUAAAUAAAUAAAAACUAGAUGAAGUGAACCUUAAAAACAUAUAAGAUAUAACAUUAAAGAUAAAUGUUAAAUAUAUUAAUUUUUAAAAGCAUUGAGAAAACACAAUUGAAAUUUAAACGUGGAAAUAUUUCAUUUUAUUGCUUUUAAAAAACUUGCAACACCAAAGGACAUAUUAAAUAUAUCGAGUUUUUCAAAAAAAACUUAUUGAAUACUACUUAUAAAAUGAGAAUUUAUCUACAUUAUUAAAUUUAGCGAACGCAUUCUCAAUUAAGCUGUUGAUUCUAAACGUUGUGAAUUGAAAUAGAAUUUUAGAAUGUUAUUGUAGUCAAACAUAUUAUUGAUAAAUAAAAAAAGAAAGCAAGAAUGAUCAUGUUGGGAUUUCAUACUAGGAAUGUCAAAUACAUUAUAUAGAUAAACUGAAAAUAUCUCGUGAAUUAAAAUUAUCUUUUUUGUAAAACUAAUAGAACAUAGUAGAAUUUCGAUUUUAUUUUUAAAGUAAUGUUCGCAAAUGAGAUAGCAUAUCCAAGAUUAAAUCGGAGAAUAGUGAAGUACAGAACCCUCAAAUUAGCUCAUUAGAAAAUUCUUUAGUUUUGUAUAUUACUAUAUAAAUAUUUAAUAAUUAUAUCUGAUGUGCACUAAAGAACUAGAGUUUGAAAGAUAUCAAUGGAACUAUAGUUACUUAGUUGAACUACAACAAAACUACAUUUGUCUUCUAAAAUUCGAUAUUAAAAAAUUCAAAGCAUGUUAGGAGUUUUUGUUGAACUUACAUAAUCUGAAAAGAUUGUUGCAGAAUUAUUAAUUUUUAUUUACUUUAAGAUGUUUAAAGUUAUUGUUGAAAUUCAUGUCAGUAUCAUAGAAUUUAAAAUUGAUGGCUUGGUAUAAUAUCCUUUUUAGGCCUUCAGGUAAGAUCUUACAUAGAGGUUUGUGUGUACAUAAUGAAUUUGUUUAACCAGAAUCUAGUCAUUAAUUGGACAGACCGUAUUUAAAGUUACUACUCUGAAUUCUAGAUACUUCCAAUUCUUAUAAAGAAAAUUUUUUAAAUUACUAAGCAUUAAAUUUAUUCUGAAAGACCUGUAGCCAAAUAUUUAAACAAUUGUGUGCAUUUGUUGAAUGAAUUCCUUGAAACAGCGUUCUUCAUAUUUCGUUUUUUAGUAAAUUAAUAUAUUUGCUAUUUGUAAUAAUAAAACAUGAAAUUGCAUCAUUCCUAAUUCAAAUUUGUGUAUCUUUUUCAUGUUUAUUGUCAGAUACUGGAGUGUUAUGACUACUUAUUUGAUGAUAAAUAUUAAUUUUUGUAAAAUAACUAAAAUACUAAUGAAACUAAACUUUUUGAAUUUUAAUAUGAAGAACUCUUUUUUCGAAAUUGAAUUAUUUUCCAUUGUAAAAAUGCUUAUAGAACAUGUUGACUUUUUUUUAAUUCGUCUGUGUGAAAUUCUACUGCAAUACAAAUUUUGUGUAGAAUUUUGAAUUGGUAGGUCUGAAAUAGACUUACAAACAUUUCCAUAUUUGUACAAAACUUUUAAAAAUUGGAUGAUGUUCAUAAUAUUUAAAUGUUAUAUUAACAUUUUUAUUGUUAACUUGUUAAGACAUUUUUCUUAUGGUGUAUAUAACUAUUUAACUGAUUUUAGACGAUAGAAAUUUGAAUUUCAGAUGUUCUCUUAGCAUGAGAAUUAAAAGUGCUUCAUCUAAAGAUUUUUGCACUUUUUCUGUAAGCUCUGAAAUCUUUACAAAUAUCUGGUUAGAUGACCAACAAAGAAUUUCUUGUGUAAAAUAGGUAUGUGAGAAAUAUAUAAUUCGAAUAUCUAUGCAAUAAUGUCUAUGCAAUUAUUAUCUAUGCAAUUAAUAGCUAUGCAAUGCACUUGAUAAUAUAAUAUAUGCAGAUUUCAAACUGCUAUAAACUAACUGUGAUGAACCUGCUAAGGUUACAGAUUGUACUUGAAUAGCGCCUUAUUUAUGAAAUUCGAACAAACUAAGUACUUGUUUGAUUAUAUAUGAAUUUCCUGACUAUUUAUUGUAACUAUAAAUAAAAUUAAAUUAUUUGUUUUAAUGUUUUGCUUUAAGACGGUUUUUCCUUUCUGCUUUAUUAAAAAAUUCUAUAUUUGCAAAUUGCACUUUAACUAUCCUAAUCUUUGUUGUGAAAUGUAUAAUAUUAUUGACAGAAAGCUUAUUUA